AUGGAGCAGCAAGCACAGCAGGAAGAUAACGUCAUGGGCGUUGUGCGCUGUGCACAGGAGAAGGGUCGCGCAUCCCUGAUGACGUAUAAGAAACGCUUUUGGGUGGUAGACGAAACGCAAGGCCGCCUCGAGGUGUACAAAAACGAUCAGGAGCCUUUUCCGCAGGCGAAGUUUCCCGCCUCUGAGGUGCGCGGCGUUAUCUUCUCAGGGGGAAAGCAGAAUAAGUACUUCGGCCUCGUGUUGCAGCUCCGACGCGGCCGCAACGUAAAGUUCCGACUCAACUCUGUAACGGAGCGUGACCGCUGGUACACUGCCAUCACGCGACUAAUUGAACGGUACUCGACGUACAACCGUGAUCAAAAUGUUCUUCGGGUCGCCCAGCGACGUACAACGGUGGCGGAAAGGAUACUCGGUGUGAGUAUCACACUAGCUGUGGCGAAGUUGAGGGAUAUUCCAGAUGACCUAAUGCAAUACUUAGUAGAGGCGGUGGACGUUGCCAUUGACACCAUCGCCGCGGUUGUGCAUGCGUACGGCGGCGACAUGGAGAUUCCACGGCGGUACACAGUCAUGGUGGCUGCCGCCGACUCACACACACGCACCGGUCCGCAGUACGACCCGACGACGGGCAGUCUUGUACUGCAGGUGUGGAUCUCGCGUGACAUUUUGGGCCACGUCCGAUUCAGCGUUGCUGAAUCAAGCGACAUCAUGAAGAUGACACAGUCGCACGUGUGGCGCGACCCACGCAUUGAGGGCUGGAUCACGAUGAACCCUAGCUGCGUCGCCGUCUGCCGUGAGAUUGGCGACCUGCUGGGCAUUAAAAAGCCAUUCUCCUUCUCAUUUCAGUGGGGCCAAAACUUGCGAGACACAGAGCGCGUGGAGCAGUACCUGUACCGGUACGUACAUGAGGACUUCUUGCGGAGUGUGCAGCGGCAGAUUGUGGAAGUUGCCGAGGAUUUCAAACGAUCAGGGUCGUCAUCUGAUGACUCGUUGUACAUAAAAUAUAUUGGGGACUACGUUUCUGGCAUUGCCAUUACACUCGACGAGGAAACAGUGAAUGCUGGUAAACCACCCGAGUUGAGUGUAACGACAACUGACGAGUACCACCGGCGUUGCCGGCAUGCUGUGGUCAUGACAUCCAAGUACCUUGAGGUUUACCGCCAACCACGGGUGGUGUCCAAGUCAUUGCUUGAUCAGCUCGUAGAUGUCAUUCUUUUGGCAGACCUUAGUAAGCGGCUGAGUGACAGCAAAGCUUCCCUCUCUCUAGCGAUGGGGGGAAAGGAACGAGUGAAGGUCAUGUGGGAUAAUUUGCUUCGCUCAUGUGCACGAAUGGGCGCUCCGCUACUCCAGCGCAAUUUAUCACAUAUGGUUUCUUCCUGCAGUAACGUUUACUUGGGGCGUCUCGAGAGACUGCAGCAACAGCUGAGCAGCCCUUUACCCACGAACGACGGCGACAGACCUUAUUUUGAAACAAUAUUCAAGAAUGUCGUCUCCAUUGUCGUUGACUUCGUCCCCUUUUUGGCAGGGACCACUAAGAAACUGCCGGAUCCAACUUUCCGAGACGGUAUCUUGACAGAUUACAUCAUUUGUGGUACGGAGGAAAAUAAAGGUGACAUGGUGGGGCUUAUCCGCUCCCAACGGGCAGUGCCGCAAGUAAACCAACUGUACGCGAUAGGGCAUCACCUCUUUGCGUUUCCGUCUAUGCCUGUGACGGCGUUCAAGGAUUGGUGCGAAGAGCAGCUAGGUAAUAGCUCCCCGGUUGCCGAUUAUGCAAAUGGUGAUGACUCAAGCUCAUGGUCUUCUGCUCCUGGCGAUGACUUGGGAGAUGCGGUGGCGUUUGAGCGCAAUGCCGAGGCACAAGUUCUGGAUAUGCACCGCGUCGUCAAUAUGGUGUACGAUUCUCAGGGCGCUUCUGUGAAUCUAAAGAUUGGGGCGGACGCUAUCCGUGAAGCAAUCCGUGCGCUUGAAGGUGCCUUCAAUGGGCGUCGAAUUCGUAAGCAUGACUUGGUGCGGGUGCUCACUGCCAAUUUGCGGCGGCUGCGAGCUAUGUACGGCCACUUUGUCGGAGGUGAGAUGGUGAGCUCUCUAAACCUCGACUUGGCCGUGCAGCUCCUGCACGAGUUAUGUGAAUACGAAGAAAACGAGACUGACUUGGAAGAGCUGCUGCAGCAGAAUUGUGCCCAACAGCGGCGACAACUCACGAUGCGGACCACUAGCGAGCCAUUUCCUGAGCAGGACAGUGACACACCCCUCGACCCCGCGGAACGCGUCUACGACUUCCAGUGUGUGUCGCAGGUGGCGCUGAAUCACCUGCUGCCGCGUGAGGCGCUGGCUGCACGUUUGGCCUGGCGCGUAGGGUUUGUGGCGGGGCUAGAAAAUGUUGGCAAGACACUCAUCCUGAACUCCCUCCAGGGCGUUGUGCAGCCGACAAUUCCGACGGUCGGUCUGUCAAGGCGGGUUAUGGCGUUCGAGGAAUGGGUAUUCGAGAUGAAUGAGCUUGGCGGACGCGAGAGCUUCUGCGAGAACUGGCGCCUGUAUGUGGAGCGCAUGGAAGCUGUGAACUUUAUCCUCUUUGUGGUGGACAGCAUAAAUAAGCGCUCCUUUAAGCGUGCUGCUGCCUACUUACGCGCCAUCACGGAUCAUUUUACGACCGCUCCGUUGGUGAUCAUUUUCAACAACUAUCGUAUCGGUUUUCGUGGGACACCCUCGAUGCAGGACUUGGAGGCUGCUCUCAAACUGGACAGGGUGAAGCUGCGCGGACCGCGUCGCCUAGUAUUAUGUACAGCAUGCGAUAUCACGGUAGUGAGUUCAUCCCACCGCACCCCACCACGGUAUCUCUUGAUGGUCAUGUGUCAGCUGAGCAGAUUCAUGCGCGGUAUGUCUCGUCUCACUCGUCAGCCAAAGCAGCCAAAACCAGAUAGCAACGCGGAGGCUAUGAUGAUGCAACUCUCGUCGUCAGUUGCUUGGAGGGUGUGA